CACAUUUCCGAGUCUCUCGGUCUGGUCGAAUUGGCAGUGUUCACGUCUCGUCGCUACUAUGGACUCGGCUGCCGUUGGCCUUACCCAGCAGUCCGGGGCUUCCGGGGUUCAGAAUCCAUUCGUUUGCACGUGCUUUCCCCAGAAAAUUUCUCGAGAACCCCUUGGCUAGGAGUUGAGGAUUUUCAAGCGAGGCAGUGUUAGACAUGCUUUUGCUUGUUGCUUGACUAUUGCUUCAACUUCUAGUCCCAACCACGGACGGUAGUUACAUGUCCUAACCAAUGGCACAGGCAACAUCUGUAAGAAGACGUACACGGUAGGACGUCUACGUUGCCCGUUUUGCAAUCCAGCUGACUAAUGUUCCACUCCUUAACUUAGAGGCUAGACCACUUGGGUCGACAUUACCGAACACAUACGGCCGAAAAGCCGUUUACAUGCGACAAAUGUGGGAAAAGCUUUGCUCGAGUUGAUCUUCUGAGACGACAUCGCAAUAAUCAUAUCGAUGGAGAGGUCAAAAAAGCACCGACGCGGCACCGAACAGCUCGAGCUUGCCUCGCCUGCGCUGAAGCGAAGUUAAAAUGUAGUGAUUCUAGACCAUGUGAACGUUGUAGUUCCAAGGGUCUUUCCUGCGAAACAGGCGCUGCGCCAACUCGUCAACCAAACGACAUGAAUUCUCCAAGGACUCAGAGCAUCUCAGAAACCUACGAAGACCAUGAGCAAAACGCGAACUCGACAACAGUCCAUCCUGCUGUUGGGCAAUUUCCGCAAAUGCAGACCCCGAACUCUUCAAUUGGAGGUCAGAAUGCCCCACCACUGCUCACACCAACGAGUGCUAUUUCAAACGUGAUGGAUCAAUCGAUAAAUGCGCAGCCUAUAAUGGAGCACCCUGUAGCGGCUAUUAACUUCGACCUACCGUAUGAUCUAGAGGACUUCAACGACUUUGACACGACGAUGGGCAGCUUUCUCAAGGACAUAAUGGCACCUGUAGCUUCCAGUACUUUUGAAGUAGACGAUACCAUGAUGCCCGAUGUGUUAGAUUUCACAUUUGAUGAUUUCAUGGACUAUCCGCUUGGUAUAUUGGAUCGCAGCAUUGGAUCUCAGGUCGUACCUCAAACAUCACUUCAACAAAGGAGCAGCGACAAUUCUCGAAGUCAUGGACCAAGUGGAACUUUGACUCCUAAUGUACGAAAAGCCGCAGAUCUUGGUCAGCAAGCGUUUCGAGAGUCUAUGUGGUUAUGGACUCCAGGGAAAGAAGACCGACGAACAGCAGAUCAAGCAUUCUUGACACUUCCGUCGUAUGCUAUCACGGAAGCUCGAUCCCCAGAUGCCCCAUUUCCUUGUCAUCUAUCGCUAGCAACUCGUGAUCGGUUGCUCGCUUGCAUCCUAAGAUUUUGUGAGCGUGAUGUACAACGACAAAUUGUCGCCCGAUUUCCAUCGACCGAAUUGCUUUCUGCUAUCAUCGAAACUUUUACUGCUUAUCAUGGAAAACAAGUCCUAUCAUGGAUACACCUACCUACUCUGGACUUUGAGGAGCUUCGAGAGGAGCUUCUACUUUCACUCAUUGCAUCUGGCGCUGCACGGUCUAGACAUCCUGACGUUCGUAAACUAGGCUUUGCGAUGCAGGAGACAGCUCGACAUGCUGUUGCGGACAUGUUCGAAGAGGACAACAGGAAUACAAGAGAGCUCCGUGCAAUGCAAACAAACGCCCUGCACCUUCAGGUCGGCAUGUGGUCAGGAAUUCGUCGCAAGAUCGAAAUAGCGGAAAGCUUCAUGCUACCAUUCAUCACUAUGCUCCGAAGAGCUGGUCGUUUUCGCCGGAAGACUGGGUCACUUCCUGAGCAUAGCGAUGAUCCAACUGCAAAUGAAGUACGAUGGCGACAAUGGAUGGAAAAUGAAUCUAUGAAAAGACUUGCAUUCCAUGCUCUAUAUGAAGAUACGUGCAUCUCGAUAUCUCUUCUAAGCCCGCCUCUAAUCAACCCUUUGGAGAUCCUGCUUGAGCUACCAUGUCCGAAAGAUUUAUGGGAAGCCCCUUCAGCGGACGAUUGGAGACGUGUUCUUCUGGCAAAUCCUGCUCUCUCGAGUACAAGAGCUCCAACAUUUCGAUCUUGCCUGGCAGACAUUGGUUUCUUGACCAACAAUCAGGCUUUAGUUGACGCACAAAUGAGUUUCAUGCUGGUUGUUUGCUCUGUCUGGUCACGUGUUUGGCAUUGGCGACAGAUGAAAGCGAUGUCCACCAUUUCCAGCAAUACCAAUGCACUUCCGGUAUCAUCCUACCAUCAAGAGCUUGUCAACAUGUGCAAACAGUUGUCGCUCAGUGAUGCGGAUAUUCAGGGUGGCAUCGGAGCACAUCCUUUUUUGUUGCUUGAAGUAUGUCAGUUGCACUUACAUGUUUCGUUGGAAGACAUUCAACUCUUCGCAGGAAAAGAAGGGCAUGAGGAAGCAAGAAAAACCGUGGCUUCUCUGCGCUCAUGGACGAAACUGUCAGACGCACGUCAAGCAAUAUAUCAUGCCGGCCAGAUCUUGAAACAUGCAUCGCGAUACCCUUUUGGCUUCUUGACUGGAUUUCCCGCUAUUGCGGUGUAUCACGCAAGCCUCGUCCUUUGGGCAUAUGCUGUGUUGACAGAACCAGAAUCAGUUUUGCAGUCUUGUAAUGAGGCUUCACCUUCGUUACGCGAAUUCGAGCUUGUAGUGCUUGACGGUGAGCAGUCGCCCGGCAUCACUCAGCGAUUUCUCAUGCUAGGCAAGGGAAGGCCUUGCAUACAUGCGUAUAAGAGCCACCACGAGCCAGAAGAUGGUGGUGUCACAUUUCUCACUGACCCAAUGGGCGUUAUGGAGAGCAUUACAAAUCUUUUGGCCAGUAAAAAUGGCACCGAAUAUGAGAUGCCUCCAAUUGUCAGUAACCUGGUUAAGCUUAUGCAGUCACUUGGAAAGGCGGCACAUGCUAUGAAAAGGAGCAAGGCUUGAUGUCAGCAAACCACUUGUUGCUGCUUCAUUUUAAAUGUAUAAAAUUUGUAUUAAUAUUCUGAAGCCUUUGCAAUGACACAAGCUCUUGCCACUAGAUUACCCUUUUCCUACAUCAAUCAACGUCAAAGUCGUACGGCUCAGGCUUUCAC